AUGUUUAGGAACUCGCUCGCCCCCAUUGCCCGCUCGGCCGUCGCCUCGACCUCGCGCGCCGCCCAGUUCAGCAGCGUCGCCCGCCCGGCCGUUGCCACUGUCGCUCGCUCCGCCGCCAGCCCCUUUACUGCGACCACUCAGCGUCGCGGCUACCACGAGAAGGUCAUUGACCACUACGAGAACCCCAGGAACGUCGGCUCGUUCCUGAAGACCGACAAGGACGUCGGCAUCGGCCUCGUCGGUGCGCCCGCGUGCGGCGAUGUCAUGAAGCUUUCGAUCAAGGUCAACGAGGAUGGCAUCAUCGAGGACGUCCGUUUCAAGACGUUUGGCUGCGGCUCCGCCAUUGCCAGCUCCAGCUACAUGACCGAGCGCGUCAAGGGCAUGACGCUCGAGCAGGCCGGCCAGAUCAAGAACACCGAGAUCGCCCAGGAGCUCUGCCUGCCCCCCGUCAAGCUCCACUGCUCGAUGCUCGCCGAGGACGCCAUCAAGUCGGCCAUCAAGAACUACAGGAGCAAGCGUGAGGCUACCGGCAACCGCGCCGCCGGCCACAUCGACGUCACCCAGAGCGCCGCUACGGGCGAGACGACCGCCACCGCCCACGUCGGAUCUGGCGCCGCUUAA